CCAGGGAUGCGUUGGGUGGGCGGGCGCGGCGACGCGGGGCGGGCGUAGACGGUCCCAUGAGCGGCUAGUAGUGUCCCUCAACUGUGCCGAGAUGGAGGGAGCCCUAUGUUUGCCGCCAGGCGUCCCCGGACCAGGGUAAUGUCCCUCCCCGGUGGGGUUGGCGGCGGCGGCCGAGGUUUGGUGGCCCCGAGGCGGUCCGGCCUACGCCCGAAGUCGGGCCGUCGAGCCGUCGAGGGCCGCGCCGUCGCUGUCCUUGAAGCCACUGUCUGGCUUUUACUCGACGAUGCCGGUAACCCUUUAGCCGCGCGUGCCGUCCGGCAGCAGGACGAAGUCGAGCAGGACGUUGCCGGCGUUGAGCUCGGCAUGGGUGAAGCACACCGCGUGGCGGCCCGGGCCGGGUCGUCGGCGACCUGGAGGCCCCCGCCUGUUGAACUCGGCCUCAUCCUCGAACGGACCACCCUUUUCUCCCCCCCUCUGGGGGGAUGUCACGAGACUUUGUGCCAGCACGUGACCCUCCUUUCGCCACCCCUGUGAUCUCCGGUUUUAACCCCCCUGUUGCUGGGU